AGCCGGCUGGUCCCUCAUAGCUGCCCUGGCUAUGGCCCAGCUGGGCCCAAGCACGUGGAACAGAGGCUGGACAGGCUCUUUCCUGCAGCCCUGCUCUUGGGGCUCUGUGCCCUCUGGUUCCAAGAGGCCAGGAGUUGGGGGGGCAACUGUCCCUGCUCCCUGUCCCUGGCUCCCCCUGCUGCCUGGGGCUGCCCGAGGUGAAGGUGACAGGUGGGAGAGGCAGGUGGAGAAUUGGGCCGGUGAGCUCAUGGCAAAGGCGCCCAGCUAUGGGGUGGGUGCUCUGGCCUAUAAAGCCCCUGAGGCCCGGUGGGCUGCUGAGGCAGUUAUGGAUGGCACCACGGAGGACUCUGAGGCGGUGCAGAGGGCCACGGAGCUCAUCGAGCAGCGGCUGGCACAAGAGGAAGAGAAUGAGAAACUCGGAGGAGCCGACCACCAGAAGCUGCCCAUGAACCUGCUUGUGCUAGAGGACGAAAAGCAUCAGGGGACUCAGAGCCCGGCUUUACAAAAGGUCAAGGGCCAGGAGCGCGUGCGCAAGACGUCCCUGGACCUGCGGCGCGAGAUCAUCGAUGUGGGCGGGAUCCAGAACCUCAUCGAGCUGCGGAAAAAACGCAAGCAGAAGAAGCGGGAAGCCCUGGCCGCCUCCCAGGAGCCGCCCCCGGAGCCCGAGGAGAUCACCGGCCCUGUGGAGGAGGAGACGUUCCUGAAAGCCGCCGUGGAGGGGAAAAUGAAGGUCAUUGAGAAGUUCCUGGCUGACGGGGGUUCCGCUGACACCUGCGAUGAGUUCCACCGGACAGCACUGCACCGAGCCUCCCUGGAGGGCCACUUGGAGAUCCUGGAGAAGCUUCUGGAGAGUGGGGCUACUGUGGACUUUCAGGAUCGGCUGGACUGCACAGCCAUGCAUUGGGCCUGCCGUGGGGGCCACUUGGAAGUGGUAAAACUCCUGCAAAGCCGAGGAGCAGACUCAAAUGUGAGGGAUAAGCUGCUGAGCACCCCCCUGCAUGUAGCGGUCCGGACAGGGCAGGUGGAGAUCGUGGAACACUUUCUAACCCUGGGCAUGGACAUCAAUGCCAGAGACAGAGAAGGGGACAGUGCCCUGCAUGAUGCUGUGAGACUCAACCGCUACAAAAUUAUCAAACUGCUGCUCCUGCAUGGGGCCGACAUGUUGGCCAAAAACCUGGAAGGAAAGACGCCCACAGACCUGGUACAGCUGUGGCAGGUUGACACCCGGCAUGCCCUGGAACAUCCUGGGCCAAGUUCAGAGCAGAACGGGCUAGAAGAACCUUCUGAGAGUGGGCGAGAGACCCCUCAACCUGUGCCAGCUCAGUAAAUGCCUGCCCUGACCUAGCCAGGCCCCACCCCUGCCCUGUGUGCAGCCAGAGGGUCAUAAUGGCUCCCAGAGCUAACUAAGGACUCAGCUACUCCUCUGUCCACUCCAGAAGCACCCACAAACUACUGCAAUAAAAAAGUUGUUUUUGCUAUUUA